GAAAACAACAUGCUGAUACUAAACUGAGUCGAGUCGAUUAGAGUAAAGUUGAGAUCAGAGCAGUUAUUUGAUCACAUUCAUCACAUUUCCUUCAGAUGAGACUUGAGAAAACUUUGGUCUGUGGUUUGUUUCCUGUUCAGCAGCAGAAUCACUUCACAGACGUUCAGCAGCUUCAUGACGAUCAUUUCCUGCUUUCACAAGCAGGUGGCGCUCUGCUAUGAAUCAGAUCAAGGCCAGUGAAGAGGAAGCUCCGCCCUCUAAAACCACUCUGUGUGAGGAACAUGAGGGUCAGAGGAGGAUCCAUCAACAGAGACCAGACUCUCCCAGACCUGGACCUGGACCCAGCUGUGUGUCCAUGAAGAGUGACCGGUCCAUGUAUGAACCUUUGAACUUCAAACAAGAACAGAGGAGGAUCCAUCAACAGAGACCAGACUUCACUGGACCUGGACCUGGACCCAGCUGUGUGUCCAUGAAGAGUGACUGGUCCAUGGCUCAACCUGUGAGCUUCAAACAAGAACAGAGGACGAUCCGUCAACAGGGACCAGACUCUGCCAGACCUGGACCUGGACCCAGCUGUGUGUCCAUGAAGAGUGACUUGUCUAUAGGUCGUUAUAUUAACUUCAAGGAUGGACAAAAACAUGGUGAACGAAUAGUUGAUCAGCAGAGGACAGAGGUUCUCAGUGGUCAGUCUGUCCAGCAGCAUGGAGCAGACCUGGACUCCAUAUUUAAGCUGCUGGAGGAGAACAUCAUCUGCUUUGUGAAGAACGAGCUGAAGAAGAUCCACAAGGUUCUGGAUACAGAUCACACAGAAGUCUCAGAGAGUCAGAGGGAGGAUGAGGAGCAGAGGAGCAGCAGAGAGGCCUUUCUGAAGAUCACAGAGGACUUCUUAAGGAGGAUGAAGCAGGAGAAGCUAGCUGACGAAAUCAGAGCUCCAGCUUGUCGACGUGAGCUCAAAUCAAACCUGAAGAAGAAGUUCCAGUGUUUGUUUGAGGGUGUGGCUAAAGCAGGAAACCCUACCCUUCUGAAUGAGAUCUUCACAGAGCUUUACAUCACAGAGGGAGGCACUAGCGAGGUCAAUGAAGAACAUGAGGUCAGACAGAUUGAUAGAGCUUCCUGGAAACCAGACAGACCAGAAACAACCAUCAGACAAGAAGACAUCUUUAAAGCCUCAGCGGGAAGAGACGGACCAAUCCGAAGAGUGAUGACAAAGGGCGUGGCUGGCAUUGGGAAAACAGUGUUAACACAGAAGUUCACUCUGGACUGGGCUGAAGACAAAAGCAACCAGGACGUACAGCUCAUGUUUCCCUUCACCUUCAGAGAGCUGAAUGUGCUGAAAGAGAAGAAGUUCAGUUUGGUGGAACUCAUCCAUCACUUCUUCACUGAAACCAAAGAAAUAGGAAUCUGCAGGUUUGAAGACUUUAAGGUGGUCUUCAUCUUUGAUGGUCUGGACGAGUGUCGACUUCCUCUGGACUUCCACAACACUGAGAUCCUGACUGACAUCACAGCGUCCACCUCAGUGGACGUGCUGCUGACAAACCUCAUUAGGGGGAAACUGCUUCCCUCUGCUCGCCUCUGGAUAACCACACGACCUGCAGCAGCCAAUCAGAUCCCUCCUGACUGUGUGGACAUGGUGACAGAGGUCAGAGGGUUCACGGACCCACAGAAGGAAGACUACUUCAGGAAGAGGUUCAGAGAUGAGGAGAAGGCCAGGAGGAUCAUCUCCCACAUCCAGACAUCACAAAGCCUCCACAUCAUGUGCCACAUCCCAGUCUUCUGCUGGAUCACUGCAACAGUUCUGGAGAACAUGCUGAAAACCAGAGAUGGAGGAGAACUGCCCAAGACCCUGACUGAGAUGUACAUCCACUUCCUGGUGGUUCAGUCCAAAGUGAAGAGGGUCAAAUAUGAUGGAGGAGCUGAGACAGAUCCACACUGGAGUCCAGAGAACAGGAAGAUGAUUGAGUCUCUGGGGAAACUGGCUUUUGAGCAGCUGCAGAAAGGAAACCUGAUCUUCUAUGAAUCAGACCUGACAGAGUGUGGCAUCGAUAUCACAGCAGCUUCAGUUUACUCAGGAGUCUUCACUCAGAUCUUUAAAGAGGAGAGAGGCCUGUACCAGGACAAGGUCUUCUGCUUUGUCCAUCUGAGUGUUCAGGAGUUUCUGGCUGCUCUUCAUGUUCAUCUGACCUUCAUCACCUCUGGAACAAAUCUGUUGUCAGAACCAACAACGAGCCAGUGGUCCAGACCAUUUAGAAAAAAACCUGAACUGAAUCAUCUGCACCAGAGUGCUGUGGGCGAGGCCUUACUGAGUCCAAAUGGACACCUGGACUUGUCCCUCCGCUUCCUCCUGGGUCUUUCACUGGAGACCAAUCAGAAGCUCUUAAGAGGUCUACUGACACAAACAGGAAGUGGUUUACAGACCAAUCAGGAAACAGUUGAGUACAUCAAGAAGAAGAUCAGUGAGAAUCUGUCAGCAGAGAGAAGCAUCAACCUGUUCCACUGUCUGAAUGAACUUAACCAUCGUUCUCUUGUGGAGGAGAUCCAAGAGUCCCUCACAUCAGGACGCCUGUCCACAGAGACACUGUCUCCAGCUCAGUGGUCAGCUCUGGUCUUCAUCUUACUGUCAUCAGGAAAAGAUCUGGAAGAGUUUGACCUGAAGAAAUACUCUGCUUCAGAGGAGGCUCUUCUGAAGCUGCUGCCGGUGGUCAAAGCCUCCAACAAAGCUCUACUGAGUGGCUGUAAACUCUCAGAGAGAAGCUGUGAAGCUCUGUCCUCAGUCCUCAGCACUGUGUCCUCUCGUCUGAGACACGUGGACCUGAGUAACAACGACCUGCAGGAUCCAGGAGUGAAGCUGCUGUGUGAUGGACUGAAGAGUCCUCACUGUUCUCUGGAGACUCUCAGAAUGAGUGGCUGUAACCUCUCAGAGAGAAGCUGUGAAGCUCUGUCCUCAGUCCUCAGCUCUGUGUCCUCUCGUCUGAGACACGUGGACCUGAGUAACAACGACCUGCAGGAUCCAGGAGUGAAGCUGCUGUGUGAUGGACUGAAGAGUCCUCACUGUUCUCUGGAGACUCUCAGUCUGUCAGGUUGUCUGGUCUCAGAUGAAGGAUGUUCUUCUCUGACCUCAGCUCUGAACUCCAACCCCUCCCAUCUGAGAGAACUGGACCUGAGUAACAACGACCUGCAGGAUCCAGGAGUGAAGCUGCUGUGUGAUGGACUGAAGAGUCCUCACUGUUCUCUGGAGACUCUCAGUCUGUCAGGUUGUCUGGUCUCAGAUGAAGGAUGUUCUUCUCUGACCUCAGCUCUGAACUCCAACCCCUCCCAUCUCAGAGAACUGGACCUGAGUAACAAUGACCUGCAGGAUCCAGGAGUGAAGCUGCUGUGUGAUGGACUGAAGAGUCCUCACUGUUCUCUGGAGACUCUCAGUCUGUCAGGUUGUCUGGUCUCAGAGGAAGGAUGUUCUUCUCUGACCUCAGCUCUGAACUCCAACCCCUCCCAUCUGAGAGAACUGGACCUGAGCUACAAUCAUCCAGGAGACUCAGGAGAGAAGCUGCUGUCUGCUGGACUGAAGAGUCCUCACUGGAGACUGGACACUCUCAGGAUGGACCAUGCUGGUGAGCAGUGGUUAAAACCUGGUCUCAGGAAGUAUUCAUGUGAACUGGAACUGGACACAAACACAAUGAACAGAAAACUCAAACUGUCUGACGACAACAGGAAAGUGACCCGUGUGACAGAAGAUCAGUGGUAUCCUGAUCAUCCAGACAGAUUUGAGUUCUGGUCUCAGCUGCUGUGUAGACCUGGUCUGACUGGUCGCUGUUACUGGGAGGUCGAGUGGAAAGGAACUGUUGAUAUAUCACUGAGUUACAGAGGAAUCAAGAGGAAAGGCAUCGGUUUUGACUGUUUGUUUGGAGAUAAUGAUCAGUCCUGGAGUCUGAUCUGCUCUGAUGUUCAUGGUAACUUUGUCCAUCACUGUGGGAUACGAACACCCAUCAUGUCCUCUGUCUCUCACAGAGUAUCAGUGUAUGUGGACUGUCCUGCUGGGACUCUGUCCUUCUACAGCGUCUCCUCUGACUCACUGAUCCACCUCCACACCUUCAGGACCACAUUCACUGAACCGGUUUAUCCUGGGUACCUUGUCUGUCCUGGUUCCUCAGUGUCUCUGUGUCCCCUGUAGGACAUGAAGAGACAGCAGCUUCAGUGGUGGACGAGGUCAAAGCUCGUCUCAGUCAUUCUUUGUUGAAACCAUCAAUAAAUAAAGACUUAAAAAAUCAA